CCUUUAACUGUGCAUAUACGAGAUGUCCCGACUAAAUCACCUCAACUACUUUAACCGGUGUAAAAUUACAGACACGGUGUUCAACAUUUCCAGUUGUGCACGAAAUUCAUCGUAAGUGCCUGUAUCAAAAUGUUAUUCGCCUUAUUGACAUUGGGAUUUAUCUAUUAAGAUCUUCGUCAAUUCUUAUUGUGUUGGAGAAUAAAGCUUUUCCUUAAUUAAGGAUGUUUUAAAUCUACACAGCGUAAUAAUGGAUUUGUAUACUAUACAAUACUUACAUCUUUUACUUAUAUGUUUUGUUUAUGCUCUGAGUGCUUCAAAUCUUACAAAUGUUAUCCGUAUGGGAUAUAUUACUGGAUCCAGAACGAAGGGAGACAAUUCUAGAUUUAGUAGUCGGCACGGUCAAAGGAUUUCAGGGGCGAUAACUUAUGCUAAGGAUCAGAUAAAUAAUGACUCGACCAUACUCCCAAAUCAUACCCUGGAAUUCGUUGUGGCUGAAACCUACUCACGAGAAAUUUACAGCAUCAAAGAAACCGUGGAGCUGAUUGACCAGAAUAUUUCGGUUUACAUCGGUCCGCAGGAGACGUGCGUUCACGAAGGAAGGAUAGCGGCUUCCUUUAAUUUACCCAUGAUCUCUUACUUUUGUGUAGCAGAUGACGUCAGUAACAAGGUCAAGUACCCAACCUUUGCCAGAACAAAACCGACUGCGUCACAAAUAUCGGCAAGUGUCGUCUGCAUUUUGAAGAAAUAUAACUGGAAGAAGAUAACUUUCAUACACACUGCAAACCAGGAGAAUGGUUUACCUGACACCGUGGCCACCAUUGAAAGUCUGUUGAAAAGAGAAAAAAUAAAAAUCACCUACAAGAUGAGUUAUAGAUAUCCCUACUUCCACGGAGAAACCGAAAACCCAUUUACCAGUAUAGUAGCGCAAACAAGAAUGAAGACCCGCAUCUAUGUAGUUCUAGCCCAGUACUACGAGUUUAUAGGGUUGAUGGACCAUUUAUAUGAACUUGGACUUUUGGACACGGGAGAAUAUUUUGUUGUCGGGGUGUGUUUGUCGGACAGUGAUACCAUUACUCCUGAUGCAUACAUCAAAGAAUUAAUAGAUACGGACAGAGGGAAGGAUCAUACAAAAGAUCGACUGGAGGCAUUCAAGUAUUUCAUAGGCAUCGUAGAAUCUCCACCAAUUUAUGACGAAUAUGAAGAAUUCAAAAAAAUAGUUAAUAAAUACCUUGAAAGACCGCCAUUCAGUUUUCAGACCCCUUUCAAGUUCAACAUGACAAUUGAAAAACGGCUAAGAACAGAAGCAGCCUACCUGUACGAUGCGGUUUGGCUCUAUGCAAGAUCUGCACAUAAAAUUCUAGAACAAGGAGGAGACAUCAGAAACGGAACAAAGAUAAUAGAAAAUCUCAUCAACACCACCUAUAAAAGUGCCAUGGGUUUUACAACGAAAAUAAACCAGCGAGGAGACUCUGAGGGGAAUUUUACACUUCUAGCCCUCAGAAGCGAAAAAUCCAUCUGGGGACUCUACCCUGUGGGGGUUUUCAGACAGACCUCCGAUGAAAUGCCAGACUUCGAAUUAUACGAGGGUAGAAGCAUUGCAUGGCCAGGCGGACAGAUUCCAGUGGACGAGCCCGCAUGUGGUUACAGUGGUGAAUAUUGUAUAGAACCCAAAAAUUAUACAUUAGAAAUUGGAGUUGGUGUAACUGGAGGUAUUCUGUUAAUAGUUAUCAUUAUCGGGACGCUUUUUUAUAGAAAUUGGAGGUAUGAACAAGAAUUAGCCAGCCUUCUGUGGAAGAUUGACUACAAAGAUUUGACAAUAGACUAUGCAGACCCGGGGUUGAUGAUGUGCUUGAAUAACAUAACAAGAACUUCGAGUACUAUGUCUUUGACCUCACAGUCUGACAUUGACACGAGACAGUUGUUCACGUGUGUUGGGACAUACAAGGGAAAUCUUGUUGCGAUCAGAAAAGUAAACAAGAAAAACGUAGAACUUACAAGAAGCAUUAAAAAGGAAUUAAAAGUGAUGAGGGAACUUCGUCACGAUAACGUUAACCCUUUUAUUGGUUCCUGUAUUGAUGCGCCAUACAUUUUAAUAGUCACUGCUUACUGCCCAAAAGGAAGUCUACAGGAUAUUCUUGAAAAUGAUGACAUUCAACUGGAUUUGAUGUUUAUAGCAUCUAUUGUCUUCGACAUUAUCAGGGGCAUGGUGUAUCUUCAUGAGAGCGAAAUUAAGUCUCAUGGGAAAUUAAAAUCAAGUAACUGCGUCGUAGAUAGUAGGUGGGUUGUGAAAAUCACAGACUUUGGUCUAACAGAAUUUUUGGCGGGAACAGAAGAAUCAACCGAGGAAUAUGCCUAUUACAGAAAUCUCUUGUGGACGGCACCUGAAUUACUUCCCUUAAAAAAUAAAGGAAGGGGUACGCAAAGUGGCGAUGUCUAUUCCUUUGCAAUCAUUUUAUAUGAAAUAAAUGGAAGGAAGGGACCCUAUGGAAAUUGUAACCUAAGUCCCAAAGAAAUCAUUGAGAGAGUAAUGAAUUACACACACGAAGAGUUUCGCCCUCGGCUGGCAGAGUUGGACACAACUCCAAAGUUUGUGACGGAUGUUAUCAAAGAAUGCUGGGAACAGGACCCUGAAAAAAGACCUGACUUCAAGACAGUUCGCACAAAACUAAAAGAACUGCAAAGAGGAAUGAAGCCAAACAUUCUAGACAAUAUGAUAUCCAUCAUGGAGAAAUAUGCCAACAAUCUGGAGGCUGUGGUUGACGAAAGAACGGAACAGCUGAUUGAAGAGAAGAAAAAGACAGAGGAACUUCUCCAUCAAAUGCUGCCAAAGUCAGUUGCAGAGCAGUUGAAGAUGGGAAAAGAAGUAGAGGCAGAGUCGUUUGAUUCAGUGACCAUUUAUUUCAGUGACAUUUGUGGCUUUACGGCUUUGUCGUCUGAAAGUACACCUAUUCAGGUUGUAAAUCUGUUGAAUGACCUUUACACUUUGUUUGACUCUAUCAUUGAGCAUUAUGACGUGUACAAAGUAGAGACAAUCGGGGACGCGUAUAUGGUUGUAAGCGGCCUACCAAAAAGGAAUGGAAACAUGCAUGCAGGCGAAAUAGCCUCGAUGUCACUUCAUCUUCUGGAGGUCAUAGGAAGUUUUAAGAUCCGUCAUCGAGAAAACGAAACGAUAAAACUAAGGAUUGGAAUUCAUUCAGGGUCUUGUGUAGCGGGGGUAGUUGGACUGAAGAUGCCGAGAUAUUGUUUAUUUGGAGAUACUGUCAAUACGGCAUCAAGGAUGGAAUCAAAUGGAGAACCUCUACAAGUGCAUUGUUCAAGUCAAUGUAAAACGAUACUGGAUGAGCUCGGGGGUUAUCAAACAGAGGAAAGAGGCUUGGUUUCAAUGAAGGGGAAGGGUGAUGUAUUGACUUACUGGCUAACAGGAGAAGACAAAUCAUUUAGAAAGAAGAGAAUAUCAAGAGUUCUGUCCCCUCCGACUAGUCCCACUUUAUCAGGAAACAACAACCAGAAUCAGACAAUCUGUAACUGUGAGAAAACAGACUCACUGUGCAUCGACAACAGAAUUAGUCGCUCUUUCCUUCGAAGACAUUCUUUAAACGAUACCUCUAACGCGAACGGGAAUGUGCCUUCACAAUUUCCACUUACUACACACAGAAUUUCCAGUUUUAAACAUAGAAGCUCAAAUAUGCCUUCUCCAAGACUGCUUAAACAAAUCCAAUUUAAAGAAAUCGACGAAGUCAAGGGCAGUAACUGUGAUCACAAUUUGGAGUUAAUUCCCUUGAUAAACACGUGAUCAUUUAUUUAUAUCGUUUUAUUACUUGCUAUGUCAAGACGAGGGAGUUCUCAGGAGUUGUCUCAUCUAACUGUUAGAAAAUCCACUUUAUUAUUAUUAUUAUUUUAAUUAUGCAAUGAUUUAUAUGCAUUUGUUUUCAUUUUUACACUCUGCUUUUUAUGAUUUUUUUCUUUAUAUCCGGUGAAGAAGCAUUUUUAUAUCAAUUUUGGUUUCAUUUCUUGUUUUAGCAUAAUAUUAAUGAAUAGAAGAAUGUGAGUUUUAUAGUUGUUUUAUAAUUUACUGCUGGGUGCACCGUAACAUUUCUGUGAUAUAUUGAAAAAAGUGGUUAUUGAUUAGUAGUUAUUAAACUAUCUCACCAAUUA